UUCUCGAAUAAUUUUGUUUGUUUUGAAAUACGUGUACUUUUUUGAGUGAAGUCAAAAUCCUUAAUUUUCUUGAAUAUUAUUAUAUAAGUUCUUGCCCGUCUCAAUUCUUUCAUUACUCAAAGUUUUAAUAAUAAUGUGGUUUGUUGUAUUCUUAUCCAGGAACUAUGUUGAUAUGUCCAAGCAGGAACGAUGAUGUUUCCAGAUCUCCUUGAAAAACUUUCUGAUAACAAUGACUAGCUUGAAUCUUUUCCGUUCGAGUGUAUAUUAAGUAGUCCCUUUUUAAUUUUUCGCCUGCUAUCGAGCACGUUUCUUUGAAAAAUGGCUCUUCAAACAUUCCGUCAAGAAUAUCUGCAAAUGCCCCCAGUGACGCGGGCUUACACAACAGCAUGCGUCCUCACCACAAUAGCAGUGCAAUUGGAGCUGGUAUCACCGUUCCAGCUAUACUUCAACCCAAAAUUAAUUGCCAGACAAUAUCAGUUCUGGCGGCUGAUCACAACGUUCCUCUUUUAUGGCACAGUCAAUUUUACCUUUUUUUUCAACUUAAUCUUCACGUUCCGUUACUGUCGUAUGUUAGAGGAGGGCUCUUUUCGGGGCCGCACUGCUGAUUUUGUUGUUAUGUUUUUAUUUGGUGGUAUAAGUAUGAUUUUUUUUGCUCUUUUUGUACAUUUAAUGUUUUUAGGUCAAGCUUUUACCAUAAUGCUAGUUUACAUCUGGUCCAAACGGAACCCGUACAUUCGCCUAAACUUUUUUGGUGUGCUCAACUUUCAGGCUCCAUACUUGCCUUGGGUCCUCCUAGGUUUCUCAGUUUUAUUGGGCAACACAGUUUGGGUUGACUUAAUGGGGAUGGCUGUCGGUCAUGUGUAUUACUACUUGGAGGAUGUCUUUCCGCGUCAGCCAGGAGGAUUCAAAGUUUUAGUGACCCCACAGUUUUUGAAAAACCUUCUUGAUGGCAAUCCAGAUGACCCUGAUUACGUCCCCUCGAUGGAAGAUCGGCCAGGAGGUUUCAACUGGGGAGAAAGGGAACCAGAUGAAGAUAAUUGAAAGGAAACUGCUUUGGUGCUGUGUUUGUGUUUUCCGCAGAUUUUAUUUUUUGGUAUUUUAUUUUACUUCAUUUUUUCUUUUUCUACUUAUGGAAUUUUUUCCAUACGCAUCAAGUUGAUUCCCCUCCCUCUGUCUAAUAAAACCCAGACAGUCAAAAUUAUUGGCAAAUUUGUCUGAUUUUUUUUCUCUCUUUUUUGUAUCCAAGCACCUGAUGGCAAUUGGUUAGUUUUCUAGCUUACUUUGAUCUUUCUAGGUUAUUUUUAAAGAUGUGUGAUAAAGUUCCGUAGUUAUUAGUAUCUUCGAACUGACCUCUGAAAGAAUUUCACAAGGGGACAAUUUUUGAGUGAUGUGUCCCCUACACUUAAAGUAGUCUAGAAGUCAAUUGAGGAUACUAAGAUCGAUUCACACAUUCCUCCAGUUUUUACUUAACGUAUAAUAUCAGGAAAUAUCAAGCUAAAAAAGAAGAAAAAAAUUCAAUUGCAAAGCUGAAUGAAAGCAAUUAAAUCUUUAACUUUUUCCAAAAAUUGCUGUAAUGUAUCCUUAACAUAGGGACUGCGCUAAGCAGAAAAGAACCAAGCCACAUUAGCUGUUGCCAAAUGUAAUUGGGCAAUUUAAUUUUUAACAUGAAAACGGUUGUGCAGAUUUUUGUGCAAAUUUCACUGAAUUUUUUGCAUAGUGUGAAGCAAAUUCCUUCAUAUUUUUAAAGGAAUCUGCACAAAUGUUCUCUCUGCCCCGAUGAGGCGCAAAUAAAAGUAGUCAAGAUGUUCAGAGCUAAGUCUGUAAAAAUAUAUAUUUUUUUCCUUUAUAAAUCUUGACAUCACUUUGAAAACUGGGAAGAUGAGUGAAUUGAUCCAAGUAUCCUCAAUGUACCUCUGAACCACCUAUUGAAGUUCUCUAUUUUACCUGUGGCAUUUUUGCUAGGCAUUUUUCUAACAUGUAUCGUAUCCUAAUACCUACCAAAUACACUUGUAAGAUGACUGAGAGUCUUUAAGUUUUCUUUUUUUUUUUCUUUGUCAGUUUUCUCUUUGCUCCAUUCAACCUUCUAUCCUUCAUUGUCACCCUUUAUAUCUUUGUUAACGUUUAGUUUUGUUAAUUUUUUUUAUAUUAAACUUUCAACGAUGUUCAAUAUGAAUGACUUGCCUCACAUUUCAAUCACAAUUGAAUGGAUUUUGGAGGGUUUUAUGUCUAAUAAAAUUGCAAUGAGCUUCUUGA